AUGGGUUUCUCGGCAGAGAAAUCUCAGGACGGCAAAUGGGUGAUUUCCGGCAUCUCGCUCCGUGCUCCCUUGAAGCCUAUCUACACGACGGCGGCGGCGGAGAAAGAAGCCUGCGGCGAGGUGGACGACGAGCCGUACGGAUCUCCGACGACUCCCAAGAGCGAAGAGGCGAGGAUACCGGCGAGGCUGCCCUGCCCUCCGCCGCCCAGGAAGCGGAGGGCCACCAGCUUGAAGCGGAAUUGCAACGGCGGCGGCGCGAGGGAGUUCUUCGUCCCUCCUGACUUGGAUACCGUCUUCGUACGCCGUCACGUUCAAAGGGCUGGCUAG